CUGAUGUGGCACAACUACUCCAGCUGUCAGCGCGCCGGCUGCCUCCCUGUCGGUCCUCCCGCAGCCAGUGAGAGCUGCUCCGGCGGCUGGACCGUACGCCGGCACCCGGUGAAUACAUGGAUGAGCACGGGCUCGACCGGGGAUCUGCGCUUUCCUUUGCGUCCUUUGCACCUCUGAUCUGUUUCUCAAGGAAAUAUGGUGAGCAAAGAAGACAGUAAAUUCGUCCUCUCAAUUUCAGAUGAAUCCGAUUCAGAUACCGGCCUAUCACACAACCUUGAUGCGCAGUCUGGACCCAUAUCAGGCAAGCAGCAGGUGAAGCAGAGGAACAAGGCCUUACAGGUGCGUUUUAAGGAUAUUCGUGAAGCUCAGAAUGAGCAUCGAGGUAAACGCUCCAGAUCCAUUUCCUGCAAAGUGACACAGAGAAAGUACAUGACCAUGCCGGCUAGACGCUCCAUUCCAAACGUGACGAAGAGUACGGGCGUCCAGACCUCGCCUGACCUCACCAAGCGAUACAAGACUUUCCCUUUUGAGAGGAAAAAGGGACAUACGUUUAAACACACUGCAUUGGUGGAAGAUUAUAAAAGACAAAACAAUGGUUUUUUGAGCGACAUAAAAACUGAAGGAGAGGACGGACGACCCAUCGGGGACACCUCCGAGUGCCAAGGGGAGAUCGUGGGCCAGACAACCGCACUGCUUCACCACUCCCGUGGCAGCAGUGACGCGGAGGAUUUGCUUUCCGGCGCCAACUGCGUGGACGAACCCUCUUGUCCGGAGUCUUCGCAGCUCAAAGAGCGUCGUCCAGGCAGCCCCGCGUCCAAGAAGGAGACAGAUCGCCAGGUUUGUGGGACCGGGACCAAACACAAAGGAUUACCCAAAGAAGACACGGACGGCGGCGUUUCUUCUAAACGCCAGCUGGCUGACUCGGAGCCACCACCCGGCAAGUCAAAGGGUACGGGCCCCGUCGCGUGGAACUCUUUGGCGGAGGUGGAGCCCGCAGGAAGCCCCUCCGCCAGCUGCAAGCGGAAAAAGGGCGCGCAGCCGGGCGAGCAGCAGUCGCAGACGCUUCCCCACAGCGCCAAGUGCUCGGCGCAGCCCCGAGGGCAGUGUCGAGCGAGGCACGCGUCGGCCUCCUCCAAACUCCAGCAAACGCUCGGCGGGGACCAAGGCUUUCCUCCAAGGGAGGCGGGAGCCGCGGGCAUGAGGAGCAGCCAGCAGAUAAUGCCCAUAUCUGGAGACAAGGAUAUCAAAGUACAGCUGCAGGCCAUGGAAAACCUCAUCAGCUCGAGCCAGGAGACCAUCAAAGUCCUACUUGGAGUCAUCCAGGAGCUGGAGAAAGGUGAAGCGCAGAGAGAGGGGCUCACCUACCGAACAGGACAAGACACGGCAAAUUGUGACACUUGUCGAAACAGCGCAUGCAUCAUUUACAGUGUCGAGCUGGACUUCAAGCUGCAGGAGGACAAGCUACUGCCCCUGAUGAAGAGACUUUGCCCCCCGGACAGCCAGCAAUGCCCCGCUCUCCCUUACCCUAAUGAAGUAUUCACAUCCACCCCCAAACGCAAAGCCAAGACAGAGUCCAAAAAGCACGCGCGCUGGAAACUCUGGUUCCUUUGACUGAAACGUGAACGCCUCGGAGCAGCCGCGUUUUUUUUGAAGGGCAAAUGAAUAACCCUGAGGUUUCUC